AUGCAUUUGUGUAAUUUCAAACAAUCUUCUACAACUAGUAUACACAUCCAAAUCAGGAAGGUGUUGAAGGUUGUAGCAGCGUGGCGCAGUGGAAGCGUGCUGGGCCCAUAA